AUGGCAAGCAAAAUGUUCAGUAAAUCAGCAAAUUCGAAAAAUAAAUUGAAAAGAAAUCAUUUCAAAUCGGCAUCGCGAGCAAGAAGUGAAGAGUGUAUAUGGGAAAUUGAGGAUAAAGCAAGGAAUAAUUUCCUUUCUGCUAGCUUAAGGCAACAUGAGAUAACAACCGAUUCGAAAAGAAAGAAAAGCCAUCUUGUAGGUAGGGAGAUUGUGCGGAUUAUAACGAGAGAUGGUGUGAGAGAUUUGCUUGUAUCGAAUAAAACACCAAAUUCUCAAACGGUUUUCUGGCCCGAACAAGAAUUGUCGCGAUUACAAGCAAACUCUAAAGUGAUGACCGUCGAAGAUAAAAUGCAAGAGCUCAAAUUGAGUGUACAAAAAAAUGAGAAGCUUAAAGAACAAUCUGAACAGAGAAAACAGAAGUUGAAAGAAAUAGACACAGCUAAGGUUUCCAAAAUGGAAGAUCAAAAGGAACCUCUUAUAAGCGAUGAUAACGAAAACAUAAAACUCCUCGACAGAGCAUUUCUAGCAAAACAGGAACAGGAAGAAGAAGUGAAAAAGGCAAAUCGCAUUAUCCUUGCCACAAAAUGUUCGAUAAUACGCGAUGCUCAAAUUGCCGAGAAAAACGAAAUAGCGCGAGAAUUUCGCAAUGAGAAUUUGAGGCUUGAGAAAAUUAUGUUGGAGGAGCGUGACAAAGCCCUCGUCGAGGAAGAAUUGAAACGCGAACAAGAGCGAACGAAUUUAUUGAAGUAUUCAAAAGAGAUACGGAAGCAACUCGAGGAACGCGAACUGAUUCGAGCAAAGGAAGUCGAGAGGAUAGAAGAAGAGGCUAUCGCUAUGAAGAAGGCACUUGAUGUCAUGGAGAAGCAAGAACAAGAAAAGACUAAAAUUCGCAAUGAAAAGAUUCAAAAAAUUCGCGAAGGACUUCAAAAGUCGAGUCAGUGGACUCAAUACUUCAAAAACUUACAAUUCGAAGAAGAGCGAAUAGCAGAAUUGAAAGUUCAAGAAUACAUGCGACAGAAGUUGGAGCGUGAAAAACGAUUGGCACUAGAAAGACGUUUAGCGAAGGAAGAGAAGGAGAAAGAAUACGAACGAAUUUUGCAACGUCAGCAAAAACUCACGGAAUCAAAAUCAGAACGUAAUGAACUGGAAUAUCGUCGUCAGCGAGAAGAAGUUGAACGGGAAUUCAGGAGGCGUGAAAAGGAGGCAGCAAUAAAGAAACGUGAAAUGGCAGAUGACAUCGCAAAAGCAAGACACGUGCAAUUGGAAGAAGUUAAACGUCAGAGAGCGAUGCAAAUUGCACGAGACGAAGCCAAUUUCAAAGAGUUUAUGGAAAAGCUGCGAAUUGAGAAAGAUCGAGAAGAACAACGAAAGAAAUUGCGCCAUGAAAAUAAAUAUAAAUAUCGUGAUGAAAUUGUAUCGCAGAUGACACAAAAACGGCUUAAAAAACGGGAAGAAGACGAAAGAAUAAAGCGAGAACAAUUAGCUGUUGUCGAAGCAGAACGACAACGAGAAAAGUAA